CAACAUGUAUGACCCCCAAACACGCUAACAACAUGUAUGACCCCCCAGCUGCCCAAGGAGCUGGUGCUGAAGCUCUACAAGACCAUGACCCUGCUCAACACCAUGGACCGCAUCCUGUACGAGUCCCAGCGCCAGGGCCGCAUCUCCUUUUACAUGACCAACUACGGGGAGGAAGGCACCCACGUGGGCAGCGCGGCCGCGCUCGACGACACCGACCUGGUCUUUGGGCAGUACCGAGAGGCAGGCGUCCUCCUGUACCGGGGGUAUCCCUUGGACCUGUUCAUGGCUCAGUGCUAUGGGAAUAGCCGGGAUCCCGGGAAGGGCCGGCAGAUGCCGGUGCAUUACGGCUGCCGCGAGCGGCAUUUUGUCACCAUCUCGUCGCCUUUGGCCACCCAGAUCCCUCAAGCCGUGGGGGCCGCCUACGCCAUCAAGCGAGCCGACGCCAACCGCGCCGUCGUCUGCUACUUCGGCGAGGGGGCGGCCAGCGAAGGCGACGCUCACGCCGGCUUCAACUUCGCCGCCACCCUGGAGUGCCCCAUCGUCUUCUUCUGCAGGAACAACGGCUACGCCAUCUCCACCCCCACGGCCGAGCAGUACCGCGGCGACGGCAUCGGUACCGAGUAACUCA